AUGGCAGCCAUUGCGGCCUACCGUAAUCUCUUCCGGGCAGUUCGCAUAGCCUUCAAGGGCGAUGAAUCGAUCCUCAAUGCAGCCCAGUACCAAAUCCGCACCGGCUUCCGUGAGAACGCCUCUUUAGACCCCACGAAUCCCGCAAUCCCUGAACACAUCAAGCAUGCCGAGGACGUAGCAACGAUAUUACGACGAAACGUGGUGCAGGGGCAGAAGGAUGGAGAGGCUUAUAAAUUGAGGAUACACGAAUACACAGAGCGAGGCGACAACGACACGGUUAAAAUGCCCCCAAAGCCGACACCAAUCGAUGGGAAAACUUCACGCUGUGGAGGCAGUCAACUUGGAAAUGAAAGCUUGAAGACACUGAGGUGA